UACUAGUAGUUGAUCUGUUGCACCUGUACGUACAUUCUCAGGGUAUCUAUGCAGUGUAUAUAGUACAUCAUUGACUAAUAAUUUACUCCCUCCGUCCCAUAAUAUAAGAUGUUAUUACAGCCAAUAUACUCAGAAACUGCCUUUGGUGACCGAGCUCACUGGAGGCCUUCAGAUUCAAAAUUCAAAUUUCAUUGAAAUCCAUAUUUUUGUAUUUCAAAAAAUUAUGAAAAAAAGUACAGAUAUACAUGAAGGCAUAACACACAUGUGUGUAAAUUUUCAGGGCAAAAUACGUUGAUAUGAGGGCUGUGCAAAAAAGAUAAAUCUGGGGCUAUUUAACACAUGAUACUAUUCAUCCUCCCAGGCCAUGAAUUUAUCUUUUUUGCAGAGGUCGCAUUUCAACGUAUUUCAUCAUGAAAUUUUACACACAUGUGGGUUACAUCCUUACAUACACGCAUAUUUUUUCUUAGAAUUUUUUGAAACAUAAAAGUGAAUUUGAAUUUUGCAAAAAUAAAGGCCUCCAUGGAUCUCGGCCUCCAAAACGGCAUUCUCCCAAUAUACUCACGUAUUGAUAGUAGUAACAUCUUAUAUUGUGGGACGGAGGGAGUAGCUUUGACUGCCAUCAUAUAUAUUAGAAGAGCUUUCAAGGAUUCGGAGGUAAGGGUUUGGUUACGACAAGGCGUACGAGUUGAAGGUUUAUUUAAGACUAGCCAAACCGGCUGGGCCCACUGGUCAGUGUGGCCAAACUGGCUGGCCCCAUCAGUCAGCGAGCGGCGCACGGGGCCACCAUCCACGUGAACCGCAUCACCCACCCAGAAAAAACCCAACCCACCACCACCCGACCCAUACCAUACUACCCCCGCGGCCUCGCUCGGCCUUAUCCCCCCGCCGCCGCCGCCAUUUACUCCACCACCACUCCCUCCCUCCCUCUUUCCCCCAGAUCCAGAUCUGAACCGCCGUAGCCGAGGGGCCAUCGAUGGAGGCGAGGAAGAGCGCGCCGGGGCAGCCCUGGUCGGACGGCGAGACCAUGCACCUCAUCGACGUCUACGAGGACCGCUGGACCAAGCUGCGCCGGGGCCAGCUCAAGGCGCACCAGUGGGAGGACGUGGCCGCCGAGGUCACGCGCCGCUGCGGCGGCCAGCGCAAGACCGGCACCCAGUGCCGCCACAAGCUCGAGAAGCUCCGCAAGCGCUACCGCACCGAGGCCGCCCGCCCCGUCACCUCCCUCUGGCCCUUCUUCCGCCGCAUGGAGCGCCUCGAGCGCGGCCCCGUCCCCGUCUCCACCAACUCCUUCCCCGCCUCCCCGCCCGCCUCCGACGACGACCAAGACCAGGAGGAGGAGGAAGAUGAAGAUGAAGAAGAGCAGGAGCAGGAGGAAGAGGACCACGACGAGGGGGAGGACCAAGAAGAGGAGGAGGAGCAGUUGCUCGUCGCCAGGAACAGCGGCAGCCACACCAGGAGCAUCAACGGCCUCGUGCGUGACGCCGGCGGGUUCAGGGGCCAUCAGCAGCAGCAGCAGCAGCGGUGGCGCCCGUCGCCGCCCGCUGUCACGCUGUCCACCGCGCCUCCGCGCAAGAGGGUCUCCUACGAGGCCGCCGCGUUCCAGGCCAAGGCCGCCGCUGCAGAGAGGGUCAAGGCUGAGGAGGCUCCUGCGGCGGAUCACCACUCCGUCGCAGGUGUGUUGAGGGACAUCGGCGAGGGAAUCAAGCGGCUGGAGAGGCGGAGAAUGGAGGUGCAGUGGGAGAUUGAGCGGGGGUGGAAGGAGACGGAGGCCCGCAGUAAUCAGAUGCUCCAGGAUGCCCAGCGGCAGUUACAGGACACUCUCGCCGCACUGCCGCCGCCGGGGAAGAAGGCCAGGAGGGACCAUGGCAGCAGUGCAGACAGCUUGUAGGUAGCUAGCUAGCGAUCGAUCGAUCAGGGGACAGACAGGUUGAAGCUGUUUAUUUUCUUAUCUGGUGGUAGUGAAGGGAGGGAAAGAGAUUGUUCCUAGUCUUCAUCCUCUGCUCAGGAUGUAUGUAUUUAGUUCUUGUCGUGAACGAUUCUGACCAUUGUUGCUUGCUUCGGUACGCAUGGUAAACCAUGCUUCUUACCAGACCAGUCGCAUUCAGUCUCUAUUUUGGUUGGUCUUUGCAGUGAUUGAUCUCUUGGACAAUUGCUUGCCGUAAUUUAAUUGUAUGCCUGCCACCUGAUAUGAGUGAAAAAUUGGACUUUUUGGGCAGCAUCUCUUAAAAA